GCAAGGGGAGCCCGGCCUCUGCGGAACCUGCAGAUGCUCUCCCAACUCAACCUCUGGAGGUAGCAGAACAGUCCAGAGGAUUUUGGCAGCGUGCAUGGUCUCCCUGUUUACCCUGCUAGGAGCCAUCUCUCUUGAUUUAAGCAGUAGUUUUGAAAUGUGGAGAAACACAGAAAAAGCCCUUCAGGAAUUUUCCUCUUGUGAGAAUCUUUUGGCUUUUCGCCUUAUAGUUCUCCUCCAGGAAGAAAGACAUCUCUGCUGUUGGGACCAACCAGCUAGGAGGAAUGGAUCUUGGCAUGCUCAACUACUGGAAAGGUUAAACUCUCUCUGCCAAGAGACUGAAGAGACAUUAUACAGCAAGAACCACCAAUGCAAGGAAGAGAAAGGAUCUGCCUGUGGGAUUUACAUCACUAAAAUAAGACAAAGAUUAAAUAACACCUGGGAUGUUGUUGAGCCUGGUGUGGUGUUGUCUGGAGUUAUCUCAGAACUGCUGGAAGCUUUUGAUAGCCCCAGUGAGGACCUCAUAACUGUGAGAUCCAACCCUGACUGGGCAGAUGUGAUGUCCCUCAGACUCAUACUUAGAAUAAAGGAAGUCAUCCUCCGAGCUCAUGAGAUGCCCAAGGCAUCACCACCACCGAGAAGCUUGCAAUCAGCAUGGCAGCCGAUCACCACCAUUCUGAACUAUGCCAUCUUCACAUCAGAGAACGUACAGACGUGCUGGAUGGAGAACGUGAACCUGUCACGCUAUUUCACUCACUAUGAAGGCAUUUCUCUUUUCAUCCCAUUCCUGGGCUCAUCCCCACCAAUUCCCAGCAGAGGCCUGGCCAAGGAACUCAAUUAUGUACAGAGCUGCUUAUUACAGAAAGGGCACGGAAAACUCCACAGGAAGUCUAAGGAAAUCAUCUCCACAAUUAGCCUUAAGAUCACACUGCUGGCAAUAGCCUGCCUCAUCUACCCCAUAGUUCUGGUGUCCUUUAAGCAAAUGACAGACUGGAUCCAGAAUUAUGCCAGGAGCCUUAAGGAAAGGACAGAAGACUUGAAGAGGGAGAGGCAGCUGGCUGAGGACCUCCUGCACCAGAUGUUGCCAAAAUCUGUGGCAAAGCAGCUGAGGAAACACAAACAUGUUCAGGCAGAAAACUAUGACCAGGUGACUAUCUUUUUCUCUGACAUCGUGGGGUUCACUAGCAUCGCUGCCUCCUGCACCCCGCUGCAAGUUGUUGAGAUGCUCAACAACCUCUACAACUGCUUCGACACCAGGAUCGAGUCCUAUGAUGUUUACAAGAUAGAGACCAUCGGGGAUGCCUACAUGGUAGUGAGUGGCCUGCCAGAGAGGAAUGGCGAGAAGCAUGCUGAUGAGAUUGCCAAAAUGUCUCUGGACUUGGUGGCUGCGGUCCGACAGGUCCCGAUCCCCCACAUGCCAAUGGGCAGGCUGCAGCUGCGGGCUGGGAUCCACACAGGCCCCUGCGUGGCUGGCGUUGUUGGGUACAAAAUGCCCCGUUAUUGCCUCUUCGGGGACACGGUGAACACAGCUUCUCGCAUGGAGUCCACCAGCCUGCCUCAGAAGAUACACAUCAGCUCUGCGACGUACCACGCUCUGCUCACGGACGACACCUAUGAAAUCGAGCUGAGAGGGGAAAUUGAAAUCAAGGGCAAAGGCAAAAUGAAAACCUACUGGCUCCUUGGGAACAAGAACUACAGCGUCCAAAAUGACAGCCUGGUCUGUCACUGGAAUCCAGCCAUCUCCAGGAAAAAGAAGAUGGAGAACAGUCUGCUGUCUGCCCGACAAUCUAGUACAGGCACUAUGGGUGCAGUGCUGAGCGAGGGAAGCACCUUAGCAUCUCAGGAUGGGACAGGCUCAGCCAGCCACACCAGGGUAACCUCUGACCUGGCUUGGACAUCUGGGAGUUCUAUCAGCGAGGCAGGCCGGGAGCCGAAGAACGGAUCUCAUCACAGCUACCCACAGAGCUUCAAGAAUAACAUUGUUCCACUGGGCUCUCCAGUGUCUGGGCAAGGGGACAACAGUGCCCGUCUGGACCAAGGGGAGUAUCUCGGAGACUAUGGGAGUGGAUUGCUGGAAAAAAAUGGGUUUCUCCCAGGGUUUGUGGAUGGGAUGUGACAGGAUGAGAUGUGGCCCAUGAUGAGGGAAUGGACUUUCCCCGGACACCAUCAUUUGCUAUUAAAGCACCUCAUCUUUUGUAUUUAGCAAUAAUUCUGGCUUCCGAUUAACAGGGGAAGCCGGCCAGCGGUCUGAUCUAAAAUUGGAGUAGAAAUAGAGAAAGUGUUUUUUCUCUAACCCUGUCAUAAGCAGAUAGCUAAGGGUUAAUGUCUCUUUCACCUAUAAAAGGCUUAACAAACAGUGA